AUGCGGGUGGCCUCCCUAUUCACGGGAGCCGGGGGUUUGGACGUUGGUCUGGAACAGAGCACUUCCCUUGUGCGGCAUGUCUUCCGGCUGCUGAAGACUGCUCUUGGAGAGAAUCGAGGCAUCCCAUGGGUGCUCCUGGAGAAUGUCGAGGGCCUGCUGGAUCGCAUCAAUGGCCAGUCGCCUGUCAUAGAAUACAUCGUAGAGCAGUUUGAGAACCUGGGAUACUCCAGCUGGGCGCACCGCAUUAUCAACACAGCAAGUUUUGGAGCGCCCAAUCGCCGCAAACGAGUCUUUGUUGUCGCAUCCCUCCACGGAGAUGCCCGUGAUGUGCUGCUGUCUCAGGGGGUCCUCUGCAAGGGAGCCUGCUACCAGCUCUUCAAUGGGAAGCCCUGCUACUCAUGCCACCAGGCACACGGUCCUGACGGCACUGGUCUCUCUCCCGACUGCACCUAUGCCCUGGACCUCUCCAAUGCCCAGAGUGGGCCGGGGCUUGAUAUGGUGCCAACGCUGAAGACUGGCAACGGGCGCAUGUGCCUGCUGCUCAAGUCCGGUCAGCUGGGCGCCCUGCGCACUGAAGAUGCUGAAAGGCUGCAGGGCUUUGAGGAAGGGUACACGCUGCCCUGCUUCCCCAUACGCGGCCCGGGAGUCAACCUGCACGGCGGUUCAAGCCUCAGGGAUGCGGAUGUGGACCGCAGGGAGUCACAUCGCUGGGCCCUGCUGGGGAAUGCCGUGUCAGUGCCAGUCGCUUCAUGGCUAGGACAGCGCCUGGUCAAUCCCCACAGGCAUAAGUACUAUGUGGGAUCCAAAGACCGCAAAUUCACCACACCACAUGCAGCCAUCCCUCAAGGAGGUCAGCCAAAGCGCGAUGGAGUAGAGUUUGAGUGGACAAAAGAUGACAACGACCUCCGUGUGCCUGCGGAGGAGCUGUACGAAGUCAGCAACCAGCUGGAGCUCCCAGUCAAGGCGGUGGGUGCUAGCGGAGAGGAGUCGCCUGCACCUGAAGCAGCCCCCAAAGCCGUGGACGCUGCCCCACCGGCGCAGACGGCGACACCCUCCACUUUCGCCAGCAUGGAAGCUGAUAAGGCUGUGGGUGACAAGGCAACCCUUGCCAACACGCAGACACAGCUCCCCUACUUUCAGUUCAACGUCAUGCGUCAGACCGGCAACAAGGCACAGCCGACAGCGGGUCAGUCUGGGCUGCGCAUGGACGACGGGACGCCCUGGCCCCGUGCAGCUUGGUUUGUUCGUGGGAUUGGCAGAUACGCAGCCGAUGGCAUGAGCGAGGCGCCAGUGCUGACGCCGCUGACGCUCCUGGGCGACUUUGUUACUCAAGUCGGCAAGGCUCCAGAGAAGGAGACCCUCACCACCUACUUUGCCCGCCUGCGUGAACAGGUUGCACGGCCCUCUCUAUCGGCAGCACAAAGAACACCUCUAUCUUCACUGCAUGUGCCCAGCACCGCCAAGGGAUUCAACAUGGAAGAUGUGCUGCAGAGAGCCCAGCAGUGCGGCGCCUCACUCAAUCAGGAGGCGGUGCGAAUCACGCGGCUGCAAGGGUACACGCCGGACGUGGACACACUGGGCACGCUGGUGUGGGCGCGCACUCCGGCCGGUGUGUGGUGGCCCGGCGAGGCGCUGGACCCCCACCACAUGCCGCCCACCCGCACAGUACCUCCACUUGCCUCCGCUGCGCUGACGAGCGCAGAGUACAUGGCGAGCAUCUACAAGCCCAGCGGCGGCGAGGCUCCGCCGCCGAUGCGCAUCGGGAGCACCAUUGUGGAGGACGCGGCAGCGCAGCAUGGCGGCCACGAGGCUGUGAUAACAGGCAGUGACAUGGCACCCGAGGGGCCACGAACGCCCGCGCUUCGUGACACCACAUCACCCAGCAAACGAAAGGUGCUGGUUGUGCUUUUUGGACAGCGCAGCUGCAUGUGGCACUCUCCAGCCCAGCUGCUGCCCUUCAAGCGCCAUUUUCAUGAGAAGGUGGCUGAGGGCAACGAGUUGAUUGGCGCCAGGAAGAUGGCACGACCUGGCCUCUUCACCAGAACCGUGCAGGAAGCCAAGGGCUUGGCGGACGCAGUGGCCGCUGCGGCGGAGGGCGGAGACAAACCUGACAAGGGCGCCCACAAGGAGGCGCUGGCAGCCCUGGCAGCCACACGAGCGGCUGCAGCAAACCUUCGUGUCCGCUGCGGGUACUGCGAGGCCUGCCUUGCCACACAGGGCGCCGCGCGCCGCUGCCUCGUCAAUCGCGCUGCAGCCGCUGCUGCAGCUGGCCAUUCUGGGGCUCAGGUGGCUGUCACAGCUGAGAGAGCGAUAGGGGCCCGCGUAUCCUUGUGGUGGCCGAUGGACGAGGACUGGUACCCGGGCUUUGUGACAGCGUUUGACCCCCUGCGGCAGCGGCACACAGUCUGCUAUGACGAUGGGGACGUCGAGAUUGUGGCUUUGUGGGCGCCGAAUCAGCUGGUGCGUGUGGAGACCAGUCCUGAUGAUUGGCCUGCUGAGGCGGAACGCAUUGCUAGGGACUGCAGGCUGCACAACGCUGCUUUUCUGGCGAAGAGGAGGGCCAGCAGAGCACAGGAGCCUAACGCUGUCAUCCCGACAGAGCCGCUAAACGCAUUUGAGCAGCAGCGUGCUGACAACAUUGCGCGCAACCAGAGCAUGCUUGCCAACCUGGGCAUUCCGCUGACCGAGCAAACCUUCUCUGCCGCUGGCGUUUCAGCCAACCAGGGCGCGAACGCUGCGGGGAAUAGCAAGGGCAAAUUCAUCGGGGGCUCAUCUAGCAGGCGCCGCAAGCGUGUCACAGUCGACCGCCCGCAAAACAAAAUGCCUUGCCUGCCCUUGCCGCCUGCGACGUUAGAUACCAGUGUUAGCUUGGAGAGCAGCGGGAUCACAGUAAUCCUGGUGGAGUGCAGUCCAGCUGUGGCCUGCGACAUGGCCACUUGGAUGCAGCCUGACAACGAUACACCACCCCCAAUUGAAGCUCACCUGUCUGUUGGGGGAGCGAAGGACUGCAGCGAGCUUGGCAGCAAACCACAUGCAGCUCAAAGUUGCAGCGCAGCUGAGCAUACAUAG